AUGGCGGACAAGGGAAAAAUCCCGCGUCCGUCGACUUCCAAGCCGAAGACCGCGCCCAAGCCCGUUAAGGCUAAGGCGCAGGCGCGGCCAGCGAGACGCCAGGCGGAGCGCGUUGCGACCACGGCUGAUGAGUCGGCGCGAUUACACGCCAGGCUCAUCACCACCACACCGUUACAACCGCGCCCGCCGAAGAGCGCUAAACCUCGCACUUCCCCCGACGAUUCAGAUCGGGAGGAAAAGAUUCCCAGGCGGGGCCCGACCCCCGCGCAACCAAUGGACAGCGCCGCCGCCGCUCCGGCCGCGGUGCUUGUCCACGACGAACCACCACUCUCCCCGGAUGACGAGCCCCAGCCGGGGCCCAGCACGAGCGGUACGUCUAUGCGUCAAUACUCUGGUGCGGAAAGUAGCGGGGCUGCGACCGAUUCAACGUCGUAUGCGACGUUGGCCCCCGAGGUUGGGGGAACGGCCCAGCCCUACCGUACCGCCGCCGAGUUACGCAUCUAUGACGUCCGCUCCACCAUCUCCGAGCGCCGCCACACCCGGACCUUCCACGCAGCUCACGCAGCCCACUCCCACGCCCAAACCGAUGGAGGAGGAUGCCAAGGCUACCCUCCUAUUAUUGUCGAGUGCUUCCCAGACUGGACGAAGCACUUCGCCGAGCUGAAGAAACAGCUCGGCCACGCCCCGAACGCCCGAUCUUUCGGGAGUCCGUCACAACGGCUGAAGAGCGACCCAAACCUCACCGUUACUUCUCCU